GGGAAGAUGGCGGCUCCCAGAGAGCAGCUCGGAGCCGUAGAGGCAGAGGGGAGCUCGGGUCGCCAGGGGAACUCGGGAGUCGAGGUGGUGGUUUUCUCCGAUCCCGCCACGCCCGCCCCGCUGUGCCCUCACGGACCCACUCUUCUGUUUGUAAAGGCGAACCAAGGGAAAGAAGAAACACGGAGGUUUUAUGCCUGCUCAGCUUGUAGAGAUAGAAAAGAUUGUAAUUUUUUUCAAUGGGAAGAUGAAAAGUUGUCAGGAGCCAGACUUGCUGCCCGAGAAGCUCAUAACCGAAGAUAUCAGCCUCCUGUAUCCCGUUCGCAGUGUGUGGAAAGGUACUUGAAGUUUAUUGAGUUGCCCUUGUCUCAGAGAAAGUUUUGUCAAAGAUGUCAGCAGUUGCUGUUGCCAGAUGAUGAGGAAAAGCAUCGCAAGCAUCAGAUAGUGGGUGAUAUUUCUAUCACCCAGUUAAAAAGGCCCAGUCAACUCCUUUAUCCAUUGGAAAACAAGAAGACAAAUGCCCAGUAUUUGUUUGCUGAUAGGAGCUGUCUGUUCUUGGUAGACCUACUCUCUACCCUUGGGUUCAGAAGAGUACUGUGUGUUGGGACACCAAGGUUGCAUGAGCUGAUCAGGUUGAAAGCAUCAGGUGACAAGAAGUCUAACAUUAAAAGCCUUUUAUUGGAUAUUGAUUUUCGGUAUUCACAGUUUUAUAUGGAAGAUAGUUUUUGCCAUUAUAACAUGUUUAACCAUCACUUCUUUGAUGGAAAGGCUGCCCUUGAAGUAUGCAGAACAUUUUUACAGAAAGAUGAAGGUGAAGGAGUCAUUAUGGUGACAGAUCCUCCUUUUGGUGGCUUGGUUGAACCUCUGGCUGUUACAUUCAAGAAGUUAAUUGCUAUGUGGAAAGAAGGUCAAAGCCAAGAUAACAGUCACAAAGAACUACCCAUAUUCUGGAUUUUUCCCUAUUUUUUUGAAUCUCGAAUUUGUCAGUUUUUCCCAAGCUUCUGCAUGCUGGAUUACCAGGUAGAUUAUGAUAAUCAUGCACUUUAUAAACAUGGAAAGACAGGACGGAAACAGUCUCCUGUGCGUAUUUUCACCAAUAUCCCACCCAACAAAAUAAUCCUUCCUAUUGAAGAAGGGUACAGAUUUUGCCCUCUGUGUCAACGAUAUGUUUCUCUAGAGAACCAGCACUGUGAACACUGUAAUUCUUGCACAUCCAAGGAUGGCAGGAAAUGGAAUCAUUGCUUUCUCUGCAAAAAGUGUGUAAAGCCUUCCUGGAUCCACUGUAACAUUUGCAAUCACUGUGCUCUUCCAGAUCAUUCUUGCAUGGGCCCUAAAGAUGGCUGCUUUAUUUGUGGUGAAUUAGAUCAUAAACGGAGUACUUGUCCUAACAUCUCUACAUCUAAGAAAGUUAACAAAGCUGUCAGAAAGCAGAAGCAAAGAAAGAGCAAUAAGAUGAAAAUGGAGACCACUAAAGGACAGUCCAUGAAUCAUACAUCUGUUACAAGGAAGAAGAAAAGAAGAGAAAGAGCUCAUCAAUAUCUUUGCUCUUAAAUGUCCAGUGGCUGGCGAAUAAGAAAGAUUUAUAGUCCAACCUUUGAUGCCAUUUUCUGAAAGUGCCUCACUGGACUUAAAUUCUGUCGCUUUCAAAGGUAUGCACCUCUCUAAGCUUGAAAGUAGGCAGGUGGUAUUUGCUGGUUUAUAGACCUCCUCACCCCCAGCAGCCCCUCUGGAGACCUGGGGAGUUGUUCCAUCCUUAGCUGGUUUGCUAGCUCUCAGUGCCUUUUUUCUGUCUUUAAAUCUCUUCCAGUCGUAUUAUUUUAGCCUCUUUUAUCUGAAAAAUGGGCAUAAAGCGUCCUUUUGCAGGAAGAAAGAAGAAAAUGAGAAUGAAAACCUGAGGUUUUGUUUACAUUGAACAUGAGUAUAAGUUCGAUAUUUUAAAUAUUAAAGUAUUGUACAGUGGCUUAAACCCCACUUGUAAAGAGAAAUACAAUGUAUAAUUUUUUUUUAGACAGAAUCUGAAGAUGAUGGAAAGAAUUUUGACAAAGGCAGUCUAAAGAUAUAAAGAUUAUGA